UCGUUAUUGACUUUUUAGUGUAAUUUAUCGUGAUCUCGUUACUUACUCGUGAUUUUUUUUAUAAUUGAUAUAAAAAUCUACAAGAGUAUGGAUGAGUUUUAUAUAGCUGCAUUAGAAAACUUAGAACGGCAAGAAAAUGCAGUAAAUUACCGAAAGCUUAGUCACAGUGAACGAUUUGAUGCUUUUUUAUUACCAGAUUAUAUUUUUAUAAACAAUUAUAGACUGACAAAAGAUUUAGUAAGAUAUGUCAUAAACAUAUUAACUCCUCAUAUGACAGAAGCAACAAGGACAUCUGCCUUAAAUAUACAGACUAAAGUAUUCAUAGCUAUGAAUUUCUUUGCAACUGGUUCCUACCAACUUCCCGUUGGGAACAGUAAUUUAGCGAUUGUUUCCCAGCCAACUGUUUCAAGAGCGAUAGAUGAAGUAGUUAAUGCUUUGAAUCAACCUGAAAUUUUCAAAUAUUGGGUAAAAUACCCAUCAACAUUAAUAGAACUACGACAAACAAGAGAAAAAUUUAAUACAAAAUACAAUUUUCCUGGAAUAGUGGGAAUUAUAGAUUGUACACAUAUUGGAAUAUUUCCUCCCAAAACCGAUGAUCCUGUUUAUCCUGAGUACAUUUAUGUAAAUAGGAAGAACUAUCAUAGCAUAAAUGUUCAGCUAGUCUGUGAUUCCGACAUGAAAAUAAUAAAUGUUUCAGCAUUAUUUCCUGGGAGUGUAAAUGAUGUUUAUAUAUGGAACAACUCUCUACUUGAACCUACACUCAGGAGAAUAUAUAAUCAUAAUCCUGAAGGAUUUUAUCUUUUAGGUAUGUCCUUAAAUUAGUAUUCCAUUUCAAUAUUAACUAUUGAGUGUUAUUUUUAACACCACAAUUUGCUUCAAACUACACAUUUGUCAUAUUGUACUGCACUUGUUUGCUCUAAAAUAUUCUCUAGGCAACACAUCUUAUUUGCAUUUAAUUAGCCUAAAAGAAAUUAAUAUGUUUUCAGGAGAUUCCGGCUAUCCUUUGAGGCCUUGGCUAAUGACGCCCUUAAUGCAAUAUCAACCAAAUACUCCCGAAGAAAGAUACAAUCGUAGAUUCAAACAUGUUAGAAGCUUGAUUGAAAGAUGUAUUGGUCUUUUGAAAAUGCG